AUGGCGGACACAGUGCAGAAGAAGCGACCAGGACGGCCAAAGAAGACCGUGGUAGAGGACGGCGUGGUAUUGGUCAAUCAACCCACGGACACGACCAUGUCCGUGCAGAAAACGUCAGGUGUGCGCAAGGCAACCACGGCUGCACUGACCAGGCCUGCCGUCGUGGAAGAGAUUCCACCGUCGCCAGCAAAGAAGCCGAGAGCGAUACCAACGACGAGCAAGGUUGUCGUUGGGGUCAAAGAUGCUGGCAAGAAGGCCACUACGAAAGCGGAAACCACAACAACAACGACGAAGCGCGCCAAGAAGUCCAUAUUGAGUGAUGAUUCGGUGAUCGAGCCGGCAACCCAGGUCGUGUCAAAGUCGACGACAACGACUGCUGCAUCAAAGCCGGCUGCCAAAGCCACAACGAGCAGGACGACGAAAGCUGCAGCUGCUUCUCCGACCACGGUGAAGUCAACCUCGGAAAAAUCUGCAUCAACAACGACAUUAACUACGCCCGCCAAACAUGCCUCCAAGCUUGUAGAAAAACCUACGACAUCGUCAAUAACACCACCAACACAACCUGCAGCAUCUUCAACGACACCUACUGCCGAAGCAAUGCCGGAUGAUUCUGAGCCCAUAUCGCCUCCCGCCAAGCCAUCAGCGGGAGCACCAGCAUCGCCACCCGCACAAGCACAAGCACAAGCACAAUCCAAAGCACAAGUAUCCUCGCCAUUCCUGUCCUCUUUCCUCAAUGACCCAGAGCCCCCACCCUCGGCGGGUACCAGCAUCUCCUUCGAAGAGGAGCGCGAGCUCCGCAAGAACGAGACUCCGCCACCCCACUCAGCCAAGCUCGCGCCGCAGCGGCUGCCCGAACGAGAGCUGAGGCAGCAGCUGUGUCUUCUUUCGGAUCUCCAGCGCUGGAGAACCCUGUCGCCGGCGGCACGGAUACGGGCGUAUGGAGCGCAGAGUUUCGCGAGAUUGCGGGCAGCAGAGCAAGCAGUGGGAGAGCCGACCGCUGAGGCGAUGGGUACGGAAGCUCAAAUUGCACCUGCAUCAAUUGUCGACGCACCGUCAACGGCAGCUGCUGCAGCACUUGUACAAGCACCAGUUCGACCUGAACCAGCAAAUCCGCCCAUACAAGCAGCACAAGCAACCGCACCAAUAGCUUCUUCACCACCAUCACAACCUGCACCAAACAGGCACCCACCACGAGUGUCUGCUCCCUCAUCAUCGUUGCCUGCCCGAAAACCAGUCCUGCCAUCCUCUUCGAGUCUGCCCAGAGCCGGCCCUGUAUACACUCCAUCGCCACCGCCGAAACGCCCGACCGAGCUCCCACUCGCGGAACUCAAGAAGAACCCGGAAUUUCGCCGGCUCUCCCGGAAAUGGCUGGGUCUGAUGGUAGGAAUCCCGGUGCUGGUAUUUACGAGUACGGAGAUGUGGAACAGAUAUGUGGGGUUGCGGGCGGAGCGGACUGCAGGGGAGGCAAAGAAGUUGGGUGGGACCUGGGAGGAGUUGAGGAGGCGGAGUGAGGCACGAGGAAACGAUAGUGGUGGCGGGAUCGUCAAUGGUGGUGUAUGA